GUAUGAAGACACAGAUUUUGGCAGUGAAUAUUUUAGUGUCACCUCAACAGCUGACCUGCAUGACAAGGCCACUGUGAAAAUGGUACGAAAAGAGACGACGAUCACCCUUGACUUGCUUCCAGUAGAUGAAUCGGGUCUUUCCUCUACACCGAGUUCAGUGGGUUCCUGCCUUGCAGAUGAGAGUGAAGUGGACAUCUCCCUUGCCGAAGAUUGUGCAUCGUCUAGCUCCCAGGACACAAUUAUUCUUCCUGCAUCAUGCCGUUCUGCUCCUUGGCCAGUGCCAUUUGUGAUCCCAAAGUUUUCCCGUGAUAUUGAACUUAUUCUGGCCGAGUCAAACAAAACAUAUCAUACCUCUGGAACACACUUUCAUGAUCCAAGUGUCAAAUCGGCCAUAAUGCAAGACCUUGCUAAAACAAUUUUCUCGUACUCAGCUUAUCCCUCAAGUCUGCAAAUUAAUUCAGUUGCUGCAGCCCUUGUUGAAAAGUUUCCAUGCCUUAAAGAGCCGGGGUCCUUUGCUGGGAUGUAUGGCUGGCAGAAACGCCUCAAGUACAAGAUGCACAAUUACCGUGCAAAGUUGAGAUCCCGAAAAUAUGCCUAUCCAGAAAUAGAAGUGAACACAUUAAAGAGGAAGAAACCAACUGAUGCAGCCCCAGCCAAAAAUGUCAAGAGACCAAAGAAAGCAGAGGUAAAUUACCUCCCUCCGCAUCCUGUUGGAGAAAAUGAGGACUCAUUGGACAAGGAGAGGCUUGAUCUCAUCAACGAAAUAAAGAAGAACAAUGCAAAAGUAAUUGGAGAAAAUAUGUCAAAAACCUUUUCAUUCCGAAGAGUGGAGGUUGUGACCCUCAGCCCUGCUGUCAGGGCCUUCAAGGAGAGAUGGCCUGGACUGUUCACUGAAGCUCAAAUCAAGGAAGAGUUCCGGCGUAUAACCACUGUUUCGCUGGAGGAGACAUUCAUGCUGAAGCUGGACGAGUACACACCACGCCUUCUGCAGCUGAUGCGUGCUAAAGGAGGAGCUGCUGCUACGAGGAUGCAGCCUCUACUCAACACUGUAAAUGAGUUCCUCAGUAUUGAGAACAGAAGGGAUGUGGUUGUCAGUUGCCUCAUCGAGUACCUUGGAGAACAAAAGGAAGAUCUGUUCCAAGACUGCCAGGAGGACAUAGCUGAGGACCACACAGACCAAACCAUGAAGGUGCUCGUGAUCCAUAACCCCAUAGCUGAGGUGGAUCCAGCGGAUGUUUCUAUCGUGAUAGAGGGCGACAAGGUACUGAACGGAUGUGGAAAUCGAACCAAGGCCUGUAUGCUGUUGAUGGGUUUGAUUUACGCUCUGAACCUUGAGUAUCCCAAGAGUCUGAAAUACACCUUUGAAGUAUUCCAGAAACUAUUUUGGAGCUUGAUGGAGCAAAGCUGCUGAAGAAGGUGCACAGUCUCAAAAGUAAGCUUGUAGAAUGAAAUUUUGUAGAUGCCUUUUUGUGCAAAUGAAUUCUCAAACCUGAUUGGAAGAGAUGUGUCCUGUGAAUUGAGAUUGGCCUUUUUUUUUCUGGGAAGCGGGGCCGUGUUAUAUUUAUCUGGAUUUAGACAAUGUUUCUCUUUUUGUUUGUUUCUUAGAGAAAAGUUUUGUUUAGCUUUAAUUUUGUCUUCAGCAAGAAAAUACUUGGAAAUACUUUACUUUAUGCACUAGAUAAUUUUUUGUUUGUUUUUUUCAUAUUCAGAAAAGCAGCACCUCAAUAUUUGUCUAAGAUCAUCCUUUUUGUUUCUCAGGGGAAAACGACUCAGAUAUUUGCCUGGUCUAGUAUGUUUGUUUAGCUUCUUUUUUGUGUUCAGUAAUCAAACACAUUUCAUGUUUUCAAUAUUGCUCAGGUAGAUUGCUUAUGUAACCUGAUUCCAUGACCAGUAUUGUUUCAGUUUACUCAUUACAUGUUUUCGAUCUUAAGACAGAAAUAAUUGUGGACACUUGUGUGCUAACUCUUGAUUGAAUUUUACUUUUAUUUAUUAAAUUUGCACACUAUUUUAUUUUAUCAAACUAUUUAGCUUAACAUUUUGCCACAUAACAUCUUUUUGGGGGUCUCAUUACCAACUUCUAUGGUGUAGCACUUUAUGUUUUACCUAAAUUGUAUCUUAAUUCAUAACAGAUACUUGACUUGUGAGUGUGUUCUUCAUUGAUCAGGUAAUACUGUACUUCAACUCAUACUUUGAGGGGAAAACGUUUUGUUUGUUUAUGUUAAAUAUUUUGGGCUCAAUGCUACUUAUCAAAUGUUUAAUG